AUGGCUGAAGCGGAAAAAGCUAAGGAGAGCGGUGCAUCAACAUCGAAGGUUCUAAUUGCUGGAAAAGACCCGAAAUGGUGGGAUAUUUCGACGUUUUCGAAAGAGGAUAAUCCUAACGGACUAAUCUGCGAAUCUUCAUUUGCUAUUCUCUUCCCAAAGUAUCGUGAGAAAUAUAUCAGAGAGUGUUGGCCAUUGAUACAAAAGGCUUUUGAGGAACAUUUUUUAAAAACUGAAUUGGAUGUGCUGGAAGGAACAAUGGUGGUCAAGACGACUAGAAAAACAUGGGAUCCAUAUAUUAUAAUAAAAGCUCGUGAUGCCUUGAAGUUGAUUUCAAGAAGUGUACCAUAUGAACAAGCAAUACGAGUUCUUCAAGAUGACACUGCAAGUGAAAUUAUUAAAAUUAGUUCAAUGGUGGCAAAUAAAGAGCGAUUUGUUAAGCGUCGUGCAAGACUGAUCGGUAACGAAGGAGCAACACUGAAAGCAGUUGAACUGCUUACUAAGUGCUAUAUUAUGGUUCAAGGAGGUACGGUGGCAACUGUUGGCCCAUACGAAGGAUUGAAAGAUGUUAGAAUGAUAGUGGAAGAUUGUAUGAAUAACAUACACCCUAUCUAUAACAUCAAAACAUUGAUGAUUAAACGUGAAUUAAUGAAGGACGAAAAUUUGAGAAAUGAAAAUUGGGACCGCUUUUUACCAAAAUUCAAAAAGAAGGUGCAACCUUCUCAAUCAACAAAUCAAGCAAAGAAGAAGAAAGCUGCGCGGUGGAAGAAGAAAUCUGAAUAUACACCAUUUCCUCCUCCACCUGUUAUGAGCAAAAUUGAUAAGCAGCUUGAAAGUGGAGAAUAUUUCUUAAGUAAACGGACGAGGCAAAUGGAAAAACGUAACGAGAAACGGACAAAACAGAUUGAAAAAACAGCUGAACGCAGGAAGCAGCGUGCAUCAGAAUUUACACCUCAAGAUGAAAAAACAAGGACUAAGACUAGCCAUAAACGAAUUAAUGAAACUCCUGUUGACAUUGAAAAUUUAAAGAAAAAGGCCAGAAAGGCAAGCGAAUAA